GCUGGAAGGGGAAAUAUGAAGGGGAGUUUCUGCAGCAGCAGCAGCAGCUCAGUGAGGAGGAGAAUAAGCCGCGGAGGAGAAGCCGGCAGUGAAACAGGGACGACCAGAGAGGUUGCAGAGGACAGGGAAGGCGCCUGAGGAGCCCCAGACGCCUCUCUGCGCGCGCCCAGAGUCCUUCGGGGCGCCCGGCAUGGGGCGCGCCGCCUUGUAUUGAAAGCCCUCUGCGCAGGAGGGGGAGCGCGUGGAGUUCAGCCUCGGGCAGAAGCCGCCGCCGCCGCCGCCGCGCGAGGAGCUGGGACUUGGCUGCCUCCUCCUCCUGCUCGUGCCGCUGGCCCCGAAGAGAGAGCGGGGAUUCUGAUUCCGCCAGGUGGGUGCCCAGAAGAGGCUCUCCAGCCCGCCCCUUCAUCUUCUUCCCGCGCAAGGAUUUUGUGUGCGUGUGUGGCGGGGGUCGGGGGAUUAUUGGCAUUGCAAGGGAGGCACAAAGCUUCCCGGAGAAGAAAGUGUGGAGGGAGAGGAAGAAAGCGCCGGAGGAUAAAAGGAAGAAAGAGGCGGAAGGAAAAGUGAGAGGCUUGGACGGGGGAAGCCGCUGGAGAGCUGGAAAUGUCCUGUCUCUGCUGCAGCCUGCUGAGAUACCUGUUCCUAGCCCUGCUCUUGCAUGGUGAGUACUGCAGAUAAACGCAAUUGCAAUGUUUCUGUUAUACUGUAGUUAUAUCUGCGAGAAAUUUUUAUUGCUUUUAGGCAACUCUUAGGCAACUUUAAAAACUUGGGAAGUUUUUGACGUUUUAUUUUGUUUUUAUAUUUUGCUGGAAGCUGCCCAGAGUGGCUGGGGGAAACCCAGUCAGAUGGGUGGGAUAUAAAUAAUAAAUUUAUUAGUUGUUAUUGUUAUUUAGGCGGAUCUUUCUUCGAAGUGGCAACUUGAAUAUUUUAUCGUAGUAAUGAGCAGCCUCACACGUUGGUAGUGCUGCACUUGUGGAUAAUAAUAAUUAUUCUUUAUGUAUGGUUUCCCCUUUCUCGUGUCACUUUAGGCUAAGGGCUAUCCGCAGUGAAAAGCUGGAUUUUACCUGUUUUAGUUUUAGAUAUAAAUGUUGCCACAAACAUCAGUGCUUGGAAGCAAGAGCUCUCGGUUCUCCAGAAAAGCUAACUAGUUGGAAUAGGCAAAAAUUGUGUGGUGUGUUUUCUAGAGUCAGAAAGUGCCCCUUCCACAUGCAGAAAUGUCUUGUAUAUUACUUGUGGUCGGCUGAGUGAUUUUUUAUGGUUCUGAAAGACACAAUAUAGAAGCCGUCUGUAGGUUUUUGCCUAUAAAGCUUUGAACAGGAUACAUUUGAUCUUUAUUAGCUUGUCCCAUUUGGGGGCUAUAUGGCGUGAUUUUUCCUCUGUCUCUGUUUUCUUAAUUGUAUCCAUGGGCAAAAUGUUUAGAGCAUAACUUGGAUUCUGCAUGCUUGAUCACGUGGAAAGAGUUUCAGGCCACAGGCCCAAACUCUUUAUUUCAUUGACUUCAGUUACACUACUCGGACACUAGCGGAUUCAGACCAAGGGACCAUCUCAUCUAGCAUCUUGUUUCCAACAGUAGUCAGCUGGAAAGUCCACAAGAAGGGUAGAGAGCAAUAACCUCUGCUCAGCAACCGCUUUUCAAGAGUUAUUUCUUAACAUGUAAGGUCCCCUUAGUCAUUUAUAGACAUACCCUCCCUUAAUCUGUUUCAUUCUCUUUUAAAGCAGGCUAAGCCAACUGGUCACCAUCACAUCUUAUGGCAAUGAGUUCCAUAAGUUUAUUAUGAGGAAGUAUUUUCCUUGGUGUGUCCUGAAUUUGCUGUGAAUUAAUUUCAUCAGCUGACCCUGCGUUCUAGUAUUGUGAGAGGAAGAAGAAAAAACCUUUUUCUGCUUUCCUCACGGUGUCCAUAAUCUUAAAACUCUUUUAAGCUCAUUUUUAGUUGCCUUGUUAUCUAAACUAAAAAGCCCCAACGCCUCAUACAGAAGGUCUCUCAACACCCUUGAUCAUUUGCUUACCCUUUUAUGCACCUGGCCCACUUCUGCGUAAAUCUGUAUAUUUUUUAUCAUAUACAAGACUAGAAUUGUAUAAUAGAUUCUAAAUGCAACAACAUCAUACAAUUAUAUAAAGUUAUUAUGACACUGGCAGUCUUGCUUUCUGUCCUUUCCUAAUAAUUCUGCCUUUUUUCCUCUAAUGCGGAAUUUGUUAAUGCUUUCAUUGAACUAUCUACCACAACCACAUCAUAUCUUGCAUAAUCACAAUGUUUCAAAUCAUAUAAGGGUAUAUAUAGUUGGGUUGAGGUUAAGUGUGCACCACUCUUUACUUACUCUGUUGAAACCUGUUUGCCAUUUUGCUGUCCUAAUCCAAUAUGUGGAGAGCUCUCUGAAUAAUCCUUGGUAAUCUCCUUUUGCAUUUCCACAAUCUGAAUAAUUUGACAUCAUUUGCAAACUUAGAAAACUUGAAGCAUAUUCCUCCCUGAUCAUAAUGAAAUAGCCCCAAUAUAGAUAUUUGGCAUAGGGGGACUUCUUAGUUCCCUCCAUUUUGAAAAUUGCUCAUUUAUUGCUACCCUCUGCUUUCUGUUCUUCAGCCAGCUACUGAUCUGUAAGAGGAUAGCCCCCCCUUAUCCCAGGACUUUAAGUUUACUCAAGAGAUUCUGGUAAAGAUUUUGUUGAAAGCUCAACUAUAUAAUAUCUUCCAGAUUACCCUGAUCCAUGUUUGUUGACAGCCCCCACAUCCAAUGAAUUAUAAAACACUGAUGAGGCAAGACUUCCUUUUGUAGGAACCAUGCUCUUUCCUAGAAAAAUGUGUUCUUCCAUAGACACAAUAUUCAAGUUUUAAUAAUACCUAGUCCAGAGCUACUAUAAAGUAUGUAGCAUUUCCUUCUAAGUGGUCUUUGAACACUUCAAAAAUGUUUAUUGGGAUACUUACUCUUCACUGCUGGAUAACCAUCCAGUAGGAGAUGAAGUGACACUUAGGCAGAUAUGACCCCAGCACUGAACUCCAUUGCUGAAUUUUCAAACAUGCUAAGCAAUCAUCAGUGGCAGCUGUGGAGAGUAAGCAUUAUUUAGAUACCUUACUAAGUUACAUGCCUAAUUUUAUGCACUAUUGAUAUCUAAAAUCCCAAAUGGUCAUUGCUAUAGUUUUUGGAACACAGGAAUCACAUCUUCCCAUUUAUUCGGACAACGCAAAGUACAUAAAUGCCACAUAGUAAAUAAUAAAGAUCAUGAGCAUUCUGUGUAUCUUUUGCUUUUAUAGACAGAAGACUUGCUCAUCAAAGGGUUUUUUAUUCCUCCCCUUCAACUCAAACUACAAAAUAUAUAGACUGUAUAAAUAUGUCUGGUUGAGACAGACCUGCAUGGACGCCAAGGUGCACUUUAAAAUUCUGUGAUCUGGGCGUCUAGAAGUCAAAACGGAAGGUUUGAAGUUAGAGGCUAAGUAAGGAGAGAAGGUAUAAUUAUAGGGUUAGACUCUCAGGCUCAUCUGCUUGGAAUUACCCAGCUGUUUUAAACUUUGGCUGAAAUGUGAAACAAAUCAAGGCCAAUAGUCAGAUCAAACAAGCCGCUGCCAAGAGAAGUUGAAAUGGGGAGCCUUGUCUGCAUGCAUGCACACACACACACACACAGUAUAGUGUCAUCAGAUGGGAACAUUAAAAAGAAAAAGGAGAGGAGAGAAAAUUAACUUGUUCAGGCCAUAGUCACUGAUUAACAACACAGGGAUGGAGAGCUGAUGUGGAAAACCAUAUGGAUAGACAGUUGGAUGCAAUACUUGGACUUGUAGCUUUUUUCAGUGCAUCUUAACUCCUAAACAUGCUUAAUGAAAAUGUUCUGUUCCUUUCAGGAACUUGUUCAUGAAUAAGAAUCUGUAGGAUUCAGCAACGAUUAUGAUUGUGGUGCAGAUUUGUGUAAUACUUUAUACUGGGGUUGUUGUUGUUUUGACAUUAUGACUACUACAGACUUUGUUGGAUAGAUGGGCUAUAAAUUAAACAAGCACAAGCACAACUUAUUUAAUUUUCCCGUGUAAUUCUAGAACUCGUGGCUACCCAGUAAAAUUUAUUCAGGAUAGUGAAGAGAAAGUACUUCAAAUGAUGUAUAAAUUAACUUUUGGACUUCACUGCCAUGGGAUGUAGUGAUGGCCACUGGCUUAAAUGGCUUUCAAGACGAUUAGAUGAAUUCAAGGAAGGUAGGUCUAUCAAUGGGCGUUAGCCACCUUGCUACAUGGAACGUUUGUGCCCAAAGGCAAUUCAUCUUUGAAUAACAGCUGCUUGCCAGCAAAAACACCAGGAAGAGUUAUUGCUCUUCUACUCUGCAUGUGAGAUUUUUGAUAGCAUUAAGCUGGCUGCUAUUAAAAAUAAGUUAGUGGCCUAGAUAGACCUAUCUAGAUAGUCUUAUCUCAGUUCUAAGCAUGUACCCCAUUGCCCUUUCCUUUUAUGACUUAUUUUGUAUAUUUCUUCCUCUGUUCUCUUCUGAAUCAUUGAUGGCAGGGUAGGGAACCUGAAGCCCUCCAGGUGUUGCUGGAGCACAUAUCCCACCAUACCUGUUUGUUGACCAUGCUGGCUGGAGCUUGUGGGAUUUGAUGUCCAGUAACAUCUGAAAGGCCACAGGUUUCCCACCCCUUUACAUUUCAUCAGCAUCCAUGAAAACCAGUGCUCAAAAACUGAAUAGAAUGUCCCAGACAGAUUUAAUAUAUCACUGAUGCAUAAUGCUAAUAUUAUUUUCCACUAUUUGAUAUAUUGCUUCUGCUAAAACAAGCUGAAAUGGAAUUGGCCUUUUGGGCCACAUUGUUGUGUAUUGACUCUUACUCAGUUUAACCACACUAACCCCUUAACCACCCCUUAACAUUCAUCAGCAGCUAGCCAAACAAUAACUGAAAAGAAAUGCUGCCAAAAUAUCACAUAGCUGUAUCUCAGCCACCUGGACAGCAUCUGGCACUCCAGAGGUAUAUUAAAUGUGUUUACAUAAAUAGGCAAUAAAAUUCUAACACACCUUUUUGAAGUCAAGUUUGGUUGCUUAUCAAAUGGAAAUAUAAAAGUAAAAUGCAAUUCAAGAUUCAGAUCCAUGCUAAUAUUGCUUCAUAAAUGUAUCUAAACAACACAGGAAUAGCCUUUUUAAAAAAUCCUCCUUGUGUUCAUUAAUCAAAAUAAAACCUGUUGAAUGUCAAAAGAGGUUUGCAGCUGGAACUUGUCCAUUAUCGUGGUUUGCUCUGCUUAUACAAAAAGCCACAAAUGUUUCAGAUGUCAAAUGCUAAAAUCAUUCUGCUCCAGCAACUCUGAUUAACAAGAUGGGCAGUAAAGGUGGAUUCAAAACAAUUUAGCUAAUUCAGUUUUAAAAUGUUAUUUUUCCACCUCAGAUAUCACAAAUUAUUUGAAGAGACAUACCAGCCUUGCAGUAUUUAUAUUUUUGUUGUUGUUGUUCAGUAAAUUCACAUUUGCUUACCUUCGGUUUAAUUCUUCAAGGUAGUACUUGUUGCAGCCAUAUUGAGCUUUUCAAAUACAUAAUGUAGAAAAUUUGUACAUAAAAAAUAUAUUACCCCUUAUAAUUUCUUGGAAUGUGUUUGUGUGAUAGUGUUCCUGUUUUACAAUAUGAUUUUUUUAAUAUUUAGUUUACAGCAUUUAUAGGUUGCUCUAUCACAAAAAGUUCUCUAUGUGAUUUAAUUAGCAACAGGGCUCCGCUCCUUUCCCCAGUAGGUGAAAAAUGUAGCCAAUAUUAAGAAUUAGUACUUGGACCAAUACUGUUCUGCAUUUAUCACAUGCAUUUAUUAAACUAGGGAUCCCACUUGAACCAUGGUUUGAUAUUUUUUCUUUCCAUCUGUUAAUUUUGAAAAUGGAAAUCUGUGGUAGAUUUGAUUAAAAGGCAUAAUUACAGGCUCAAAAACUAUUCUCUUUGAUGAGUUAAAAUUCAUUUUCUUUUUUACAUUUAUCUGUUAUGAAAUAUUCUAAUUUCUCCUUGGCAAUAUGAUACUUGAGUUAUUAUAAACCUGCCUCCUUAUUAACUAAACAAAUUUAACCCCCUCUUUCAGAAUGUAUGUUCUCAUUAAUUAAGUGCUGGGAGUGUGGGUCUUGAAAAAGUUUUGAUACAUACAUUUAUUUAAAACAUUUCCAUACACACUGUUUAAAUCUUGGGAGGAUAUUUUUACUCCAUUAAAUAUUUACGCCUAAGAAUUUUUAGGAUCUACUUCUGAUUGCAAAUUGUUUUAACUGAUUUUAAUAUUAUAUUUUUAUAUUAUAACUUGCCCUGGGGCCUUUUGGUUAAGGACAGGUAAGAAAUCCAAUAAAUAAAGUUGAUUAAAUUCCCCCCAUAAAUUCUGUCAAUUACUUUUGUAGCCUAGGUAGAUCUAAAUAUAAUUCUCACAUUAAUAUUGCAUGUGUGUAUGCAGUACUGAGUGCUGUUGACCAGCUUGGGUCAAAUCCAAAGUUGAGCACAUCGCGAUGCUGCAUAUCAUUGGCAAUGGAUUCGUGGGUAAUAAAAAUUGCUUGCAGUGCUUCAAAUAAUGGGUAUGUUCUCACCAGUAUAAAAAGAAUCAGUGAUUUACAGCACCUUUGGGGAAUCACAUGCAAAAAGCACACAUCUGGAUGUGCAUUUGUACCUGAUCUUUGCCAACAAUGAAGUACAUGCUGUGUGCCUGGCUGCCAGUCCACCAUCAAGAACCUGAAGUGCAGACUUGAAUGGGAGCCAUCUUUCUUUCAUAAAAGUGAAUGGCUCCUGCUGAAAGACACAGAAAAGUCAGACACACAGUUAAAAGGACAAAUCCUGCCAUCUGAUUCCUGGAGACCCCAUUGUUAGGGGAAAUGGCAAACUGUGCCCCAAGCUUAAUUAUCUUCUCUGUCACACUGAGUUUGCAGCAGCGUGCUACAGCACCCCAAUGUGAUCUAUAGACACUGGUUGUACAAACAUAUAUAAUCAUUACCUUUUACAGUGCUGCCAGUAUUCUGCUGAGGCCUAGACUUUCCUGCUUAAUGAAUUUGGCGAUUUUUCAAGACUUUAAUCCUUUUGAUGUCCAGAGUGACUAAAGCAGAGCUACUAACAGAAACAUCUGCUUGGCCGUGAGAAAUAAUAAUCUCCAAUGUACCGGUAAUCUUUUUUUCCCCUUUUUUUCUUUUUUGCAGUGUAUUAGGAUCGGUAGUGGUGAGCUUAUCUAGCUGUUUCCCACAUCAAUAUAUAUCUAUAUAUUUGUUUAGGGGAAUUGAUUAGAUAAACAAAGGUUUCUCCUUUAAAUAAAUUGUGUUUUAUUUGCUGGAAACUUUCAAAAGCUGAUAAGUUUCACUUGAAACAUUUGCUACACAAAAUGAAUUGUAUUUAUACUGUAAUAACAGAGUUAAUGUUUACAGGUUUCACAAGAACUCAGCUUAUUGAGCCAUUGUACCAAAUGGAGCAAGUCUUAAUUCACCCUGGUGGAAAUAUUAACUAACAGCCUUACAGAGGCAUCCUAUGCAUGGUUACUCAGAAGUAAAGUCUAGAGCCCAGUGCAGAUGUUAUAGUUUAGUGUGAUGUAAACAAGCCACAGGAAUCAUUGUGCUCAUGUGCUCUCUGCAAUCCUUCUCUGACACAGCUGGAAGGAGAAGUAAGGAAGUAUUUGCUCCUGGCUUUGAACUGAUAAGCUGGUUAACAUUAACAUUGUUUUGAACAAAUCGUAGUUAAUGUUUAUUAAUGCUAAUUUGGACAAAACAGCAUAUGGUUCCCUGGUGGUGCAGGAGAGGAAAGAAUCACAUGAACCCAUGGCUCACUGAUGUUAUGCUAAGCUACGGUUUAGUGCAGUGGCUGAACAUGACCAGUGUGUUCAGUGAGACUUAUUCACUAGUGGGUGCAUUCAGGAUUCCAGCCUCAGUAUAUUUAAUGCAGAAAUUCACCUAUAUGCAAAUACCAUGUCUUUGUCUGAUUCUUUCAUGUUUUAAAAAUCAUAUGUAUACAUUAAAUCUGGCAUAUUAAAUUAGAUUUCCAACAAUUGUAAGAUGGCAGAUCUGCAGCUUUAAAAUGACAGUUCAGAUCUGGAAGUUGUUUUACUCAUUACAGUACAUUGGUGACUGAGCUGGCAUUGGAAUCCAAGUCUCAAUCCUAAUCUUUAUUCACUGAAGCACAGUGGCAAACUAGUUGUCCAACGCAACAUCAGAAUAAAGGAACUGGUGCAUGCCAAGAAUUAUGUUUCUGCAUGACUGCUACAUGCAUACAGCAUCUAAGGAAAGUUUCAAGAACUGAUGGGAUUCAAUAUUUUCACUUUUUAACAUAUCUUUCCAUUCCACAUAGCAGUCAACAUAUUGUACAAUUUGUCCAAAUAUACUAGUUAUGAUUAUGGUAAAUAGCUUUUCUACUGCACAAUUAAGAGUAGAAUCCUAAAUAAAUUUUGUUGUAAGCAUCGUUAAGCUUAGUGGGACAUACUUCUGAGUAAACUUACUUAGAAAUGCACUACAUGUGUCCAAGUAUGUGUAUAUUUUCCAAAUUUAUUUAUUUUCUAAAGUGAGCAUUGUGUACAUGCGCACAUACACAUGUGCACGGCUGGUUGAUGUUACCUCAAUCCUCAUUUAAUAGACUUAGCAGGACUAUGGGGCACCAGAAUAGCAGCUCAUGACAUGCAAACCUAUGGGGCCAUGUUAACUAUUGGAACAUGAAACAAAUUCUGAAACUAAAGAAACGGUAUAGAAAGAUGUAGGACCUGGCUGUUUCAGUAAAUUAAUGGCCAAUUGAGGUCAGCUGGGGACUUUGUUUAGUAAAGAAGUUUGAAGAGGAAGGGUGGAGGGAGUUUGACGCCUUCUGAAAUGAUAAACAGAAUGCUGUUAUUGAUAAUCCUAGAGUGUGUUUGUUGUUGUUUUUUAAGAAUACAACUGUUAAAAAAAUAAAGUAAGUAUCUGUGGCAACAAAUAAAGCAUUUUCCCUUGCAUGAAGUUGUCUCUUAGAUAUAUGGUUGUAUAUAUUCCACUGUGAGGAGGAAGCUAUUCUACAUGCUUUCAAUUUCCAUGCCCAUUUUUAUAUAAUAAAAUACACUGAUCCUCCUACCUGAGUGCUUAUGCACAGGAACAUAAUGUGGGACUCUACCCUAAAUACAUCAAAUGUACAAAGCCCAUUCAUGAAAGGAGUCUUUCACAUCUGAAGAUUACUAGCGAGCAAAGCUAUUUAUUAUAGUCAUUAUAUGCAAACAGUUUUAGUUCUCCCAAUUCACCAGAAUUUAUUUCAUAUGCCACCUCUGAUUUCUCACAGGGCUGGGAGAAGGUUCUGCACUUCUUCAUCCAGACAGCAGGUCACACCCUCGAUCAUUAGAGAAGAGCGCGUGGAGAACUUUCAAGGAGUCACAGUGUCCUCACAUGCUGAAACAUCUUCAUAAUGGAGCCCGAAUUACUGUGCAAAUGCCUCCUACUAUCGAGGGACACUGGGUCUCCACCGGGUAAGACUGCCGACAAACAUGAUGAUGAUACUAUAUAGAAAACAUGCUAAAAUGCUUUGGUAGACAUUAAUGUCAGGAGGCAAGUACUUUAGAUACAUAGAAAAGUAGGACACCAUACUGUACAGCUUUGUUACUGUGUAUUUUGGUAGGCUAUAAUCCACUUAAACUCACAGCUAGUUUAAUGUACACAGUGAGCUUUUGUCUUUUCUUUCUCUUACAAUAUAGCAGCCUCCCUAAACUAAAAAAUGCUUCUAAAGCAGUUUACAUUGUAGCGGGGGGCGGGGGUGUGUGUCUGCUAUUGAGAGGAAAGCUGAAAACUUCUCCUAUGGACACAGAAGCUUUUCUGGCCACAAAAGUGAGCCUUCAGAAUUUUGUGGCUAUUGUCCGUAUUUUAAACAGUAAGGCGUUUCAGUCUUCCUUACUUUGGAAACCACAGUGUUGUUGAAAAUUGCCAGCCUAUUCAUAGGAUGUUCAUAUGUCAUCUGCUUAUUCAGACCGCUUGCAAGGGCGAGUGAAUAAAUCCUUGCCUUUAUUGCUGUAUCAUGUGACAUGUGUAUAAAACAAAGUUCAUUAACAAAAUGAAAUUAUGAAGCUUUAGCUGUCGAGCCCAAGCAUGCACAAGUGCUUAUCUGAGAUCACAAACAUUCAGUUAGGCAGAGGUAUUUAUUUUGUAGUCUCAGCUUGCAAAUAUACAGCUGUGUACUCACAAUUAUUUUCUUAGGAAGGCUCCUUGGGAUAUAAGAUUCCCUUCAAGCCCAGUCCUGCAGUCCUUAUUCAGGCAAAGCCAUCACUGAAGUUAAUAAAAAUAGUGUCUGAGUAAGCAGUAAUCCUCACUCAAAUCCACCACAGAUAUCACUGGAAAGUCAGGGAGAAGAUGUUGGGCUCCCAUCACUUAGGAGGGAUCUGUUGUACUUGCAGAAAGCAAGCAGACUAGGAAGAGCUCAGCUUAAAAACCUUUUUUUCCCCCAACUAUAAGCCUUACACAAAUAUUUCAGAUGUUCUAGUUUGGGUUUAUUUUAUAAACACAUUAAAGCAUGUUUAUUACUUUGAUUGCCUGAAGCCAGGCAGGUGUGGUCAUUCCUUUUCCUUGUUGAUUUUAUCACCAUGGAAGUAGAAAUAUAUUAAAAGUGUUGCCUAUCUCUUAAGAAACAUAACCACAUUGUCACACAGAAAUAAAACAGGAAGGGACUCAUUGAAAAGCUAUUGAGCUUAUGAGAAUAUUUAUCUUCAGGUCUAGAGGCUUUGACAGAAGCUUAUUCAUGUUAGAUAUACAUAUUUAAGAAAAACUGAAGAAGGAAAAAAACACGUUAAGUUGGAUCCAGACAUGUUCAUGCUUAGGGUAGAGUCACUGAAGUCACUUAAGUUCCAUUGAUUUCAAUGGGUCUACUCUAAGCAUGAUAGGCAAAGCAAUUCUAAACCCUGGCCAGGAGUAUCAAAACAGCUGUCAUAUCUGAAGCACUGCCAGCUCAUGCCAGGCGGGGGGAGACUGGUUCCAUUAUUUUCUGUUGUGCCAGCUCCAGGCUGGUGCAUGUGGGGGGCCUGGAACAGCCUGGGGCUCAGCAGCUCAAUGGCUAACCCUUCACUGCCUCACACCCAUAAUGCUCUAUUUCAGGGCCUUACUCUGGCCACUGCCAGCAGUAGCAUUUGAUCCACCACUGCCUGCCUGGUAACAAAAGUGAACAGAUAAUGAUAUUGUAGGGGAAAAUCUUUGUCUUCCUUGACAGCACUUGGAAUAGAGUUGCCUACAAUUCUAAGUAGGGAUACAGGGGGCGCUGUGGGUUAAACCACAGAGCCUAGGACUUGCCGAUCAGAAGGUCGGCAGUACAAAUCCCCGCGACAGGGUGAGCUCCCGUUGCUCGGUCCCUGUUCCUGCCAACCUAGCAGUUCGAAAGCACGUCAAAGUGCAAGUAGAUAAAUAGGUACUGCUCCAGUGGGAAGGUAAACAGCAUUUCCGUGCGCUGCUCUGGUUCGCCAGAAGCGGCUUAGUCAUGGUAGCCACAUGACCCGGAAGCUGUAUGCUGGCUCCCUCGGCCAGUAAAGCGAGAUGAGCGCCGCAACCCCAGAGUCGGUCACGGCUGGACCUAAUGGUCAGGGGUCACUUUACCUUUACAAUUCUGAGUACUUGGUACACUAAAUGUGGAGAAAAGAGGAAGUCAGCAAUGAAAUGAAAAUAAAAACAUCAAAUGCAGCAUAGAACUAAUAUACCUUUUAAAACGUCUUUUAAAAAAUGAAACCAGAAACUUAAUGUUAAAUACUGUAAAGGAAGAUGAGAAAAAUUACUAUUUUGGUUCACUAUUGCGAAUAUUGUGGUGUUAAUUAAAUGCCUUAUUAGUGCUGUCAUCUUCUCAGUGACUACUUUAUAUACUUCAUUUCACACUUCACUAAGCUUAUGCUUUUAUUUGCAAUUUGGUUACAGUUGUGAAGUAAGGUCGGGCCCAGAAUUCAUCACUAGAUCCUACAGAUUCUACCACAAUAAUACAUUCAAGGCCUAUCAAUUUUACUACAGAGGUAACCGAUGCACAAACCCAAUCUAUACCUUAGUUAUCCGUGGCAAAAUUCGCCUUCGCCAAGCAUCCUGGAUCAUUCGAGGAGGGACUGAAGCAGAUUACCAGCUGCACAACAUACAGAUAAUCUGCCAUAGUGAGGCAGUGGCUGAGAGGCUAAGUCAGUUGGUGAACCGCACAUGCCCUGGAUUUGUACCAGAAGAUAAAGCCUGGGAGCAGAAUGUGAGCUACGAUUUGUGGAGAGAAGAGAAUGGCUACGAAUGCACCAGAGCACUGAAUUUUGCUAUGCAUGAGCUUCAACUAAUCCGUGUCGAGAAACAGUACCUUCACCAUAAUUUAGAUCACUUGGUUGAGGAGCUAUUUCUUGGAGACAUACACACUGAUCCUGCUCAGAGGAUGUAUUAUCGUCCAUCUAGUUACCAACCCCCUCUUCAAAAUGCUAAGGUAUGUGAACAUUUCGGUUUUCAGUUCCAAGGCACUUGCAAAGAGUAUCCCUUUAUUGCAGGAAAUGCCCCAAAUACCUAAGCCAAAAACUCUCAUGCAAAGAUCUUCAUAUGCCACAAGCAUGAGUCUUAUUUCCUCCACAGCUUUUGCCCAGUGCCCUCUCACAUCCUUAUUACUGCUGCUUCUUUAUGACUUGCAUCCCAAUUUUUUUUGAGAGCCGCAGCGUUACAUGACCCACACCUGACAUCAUACAAUGUCAUGUGAGUGACAGGUGGGCAUGGCAAAACUGCCCAACAGGCUACAUUAGCUUGCCUAGGGCUCAAGGGCCAGAGCUUCCCAACCCCUGUAUUACAUCUUUUGUCUUUCUAAGCUGUACUUCCUCCUUUAACCAAACUAUAGUUUCUUGUUGUUAACACUUCAAUAUGUUUCUAAGUAUUGUUGUGGCAAACAGAUUCUUAAGUAAUAAAGUUCCCAUCUUUUCCCUUAGCCUGUGCCCUUCCAAGCUUCCAUGCACUUUGAAAUGUUCCUGAUAAUAAUAGAAUAUAUUCAAUUUUUCUUGAAUGUCUGGAAACUAUUCCAGCCGACCAGCCAACCAUCUCAGAGGCUAUUUUGCUUUGCUUUUAUGUUUUACUAGAAAUCUUGUAUAUCUGCAGGUCAGGUAAAAGUAGCUUAAGGUCACAACACAGUUGUGUGGUCUACAGACGCUCAUUAAAAUCCUGAUAAAAAGAAGCAAAUAAAACUUUACCUAAUUCAUUGCUUUUGAGCACUUGCAGAUUCAGUGUACAUCCACUAAGAUUUUUACUAAUUUAUAUUCUUCAUAUUUUAUGCUACCAAAUUCAUAGUGUAUUAUUUACCUGUUCAUUUAAAAUCCAGUAAACUGCUUCAUUCAGAACUCUGGCAGCUUGUGGACCAUCUUUAAGGAUAGCCCCACCUGGAAUGCAUUACAAUAAUCUAAUCAAGAGGUUACCAGGGCAUGGCUUAUUGUAGCCAGUUUAUUGCAAUCUGGGAAUGGUUCUAGCUUGCAAACAAGGGGGAACUGGAAAAAGGCACUCCAUGCUACCUGAGCCUCAAAUGACAAAACGGUAUCCCUAUGCUACAUACCUUUCCUUCAGAGAGAGUGCAACCCUAUCUAGAACACAAUUCCUGGACGCAAUCACCCACCAACAGAAUGUCCAUCUUGUUGGGAUUCAUUCACCCCAUUACAACCUUCAGGCAUCUGUUAAACACCUGCGCAGUUUUACCUGAUUCAGAUGGUAAGGAGAAAUAGACCUGGGAAUCAUCUGCAUAGUGAUGACACCAUGCCCCAAAUUCCCCCAAUGACCUCACCCAUCAGCCUCAUAUAUUAAAAAUCAUGAACCCUGUGAGACCCCGCAGCACUGAUACAUUGAUAAGGGCCUGAGUAGGAAUCCCCCAAAUGCAUAUCUCUCAGAAUAACCCUGCAGGUAAGCGUGGAACCACCAUACCGUUCAACUCCCAACCCAUAGAGCUGUUCCACGAUCAGUGGUAUUCGAAGCUUCCAAGCGAUCAAGGAGAAGCAAUGGGUUCACAUUCCCCUGUUUUCCAAUAAAGGUCAGCAACCAGGGCAACUAAAGGUGUUUUGGUGCCAAGGUGGGCCUGAAGCCGGAAUGCGUUGGGUCCAGAUAAUAAAAUGAACUAGUGAGCAGUAGCUCUUUUUUUCAUGGUUUUUGAGGUUGCAGCCAUUGAGUGCAUAAUGGUUCACACUGAGAUAAGCCUAACACUAGCACCUGGAACUUCCUUUUGUCAUAAAGAUGAAACUGGGUAUAACAGGAGGACAUAAGAAUUGUCUUUGGAAUUGCUGAUAUGAUAGUUGUCCUGGAGUGAGAACCAUGCCACUAAGGUCUAGCCUCCAAUGUCCUGAUCAAGAUUGGAGGGAAUAAAAAUCAAGGAACACAGACUCUGGAUAAUAUUUCUAUCUGUCCAAGUUUGCAAAUGACCGUUUCAUACUUCAUGGUUUAGAUACAUCACCUCUCUGCUAGUUGAAUUCAAAUAAGUCAUUCCCUUUUGUCUUCCUGUUGUUGUUUGCUGCCUGAGGUACCUCUGUACCUCUAGAAGUAACAGUUUUGAUAUGUGCCAUUAUAUUUCUUGAAAAUUGAAGCCAGAACAAAAGAUUAAUAACAAUAACAUUUAUUUAUUUAUUUAUUUAUUUAUACCCCGCCCAUCUGUCUGGGUUUCGCCAGCCACUCUGGGUAGCUUCCAACAGAAUAUAAAAAACACAAUAAAACUUCAAACAUUAAAAACUUCCCUAAACAGAGUUGCCUUCAGGUGUCUUCUAAAAGUCAGAUACAGUAGUUGUUUAUUUCCUUGACAUCUGAUGGGAGGGCAUUCCACAGGGUGGGUACCACUACCGAGAAGGCCCUCUGCUUUGUUCCCUGUAAUGUUGCAGUGAGGGAACUGCCAGAAGGCCCUUGGUGCUGGACCUCAGUGUCCGGGCUGAAUGAUGGGAGUGGAGAAUUCUACUGAAGAAAGCAAAUGUUGCUGAGAAGGUAGGCAAAGAAAGCAUUGCUGGGAAAUAGAAUGGGGGUGAUAUAGCCACAACAAAAGAGCAGGGGUUAUAGUUUAGAGCAUUAGGAGAGAAACAAGUCAUUAGCAAAUCAUGUGUAAAUCUGAGGAAUGGAGAGAGAGAACGAGGGAUUGAAGCAGAGUGCUGCAGUUUUGCAGUGGGGCUGCCUGCACAUCUUUUCUGAUGGCAUCUCAAAGGAAUGCCUAUAGCAAUUGGAACCACAUUUGAGACUUUAGCUAUCAUCAAUUAGUUCCAGAAGAAAAGUUUUGGGUCAAUUCUAGCUUAAGAAUUCUUUAUUUUUCAAUUAUUUUUUGCAGCAGUGGCCGUGCUUGUAACCAGUUUCGCAUAAUUACUUAAUAAAGCACCAUUGAAUGGACAUGCAAAAUAUUUACAUAUCUGUGGUGAAAUAGAUUUCUUCUGUCAGUUAGGAAAGAAUGUCGGCAAGAGAAAUGCAAUCUAUUUUUCAACAGAAUACUUUUAAAUACUGUUUUACAUUUUGUAUUCUUCUAUUCAAAGUCACAAUGGCUAUGUUUUCAUGAGAAACAAGUUAGAAGCCGAAGAACCUCCUGGCUGGUCAGACCAGGUCCAUCUUGACAAGCAUUCUGUUUCCAUUAGGGGCCCGAUGCAGAUACUGAUUUUAAUGCAGACAUGAAUAUACAUGACUAUAAUAUUUUUGGUCAAAACUACAUGUUUCCCCUGUGGGUUUUUUGUGGGGGGAGCUUUAUUUAACCCAAAACCAAGUGGGGAGCAUAUCACUUCCACAGCAGUCUAAUUUUCUCAAGCUUCAGCUGGUCCAUUAUGUAGCACCCAGAUUACUGGCUGGAGUUCUGUUUAGGACCGAUAUCAUGUUUAAACUCAUGUUUAAAACAGCUGCAUUAGUCACCAGUUAGUUUUGGGGCCUAAAUACAUUAGUAUUUAGAGUGUUUAAUGAUGUAUGUUCUAAAUAUUUGAAAGACUACUUCAUUCCCUACAAAACAUUUUGGAUGUGUAGAUCAGUGGGCAUGGGCCACCCUCAGAAAUUUGGGGGUGGGUGUGAUCCAGCAGAGGGCAUUCUCUGUGGCAGAUCCUAAAUUACAGAAUUUCCUCCCUACAGAACUGUGUCUGACACCUUCAUUAUAUAGUUUCUCUUUUAUGCUGAAGACAUUGGUCUUUGCUGCCUGUGACAUCUUUUUAUUACCCGCCCUAGUCAUGUUACUGUAAUUUAUUUUUAAAUUGUUGUAAUAAUAAUAAUUUGCCCCCAAGUGUGUUUUUUUGGGGGGGGGCCAUGGAUGAGAAGAUAUUUGCAUUUGUAUAUUCCACUCUUGGGUGUCAAAGAGCUUGCACAGAACAAUUUGGAAAGGAAAAAUAUCUACUAUGGAAAGAGAUGUCCUCCAAUGCAAACUUCCACAUCAGUUUACAGCUUCUCACAACUGCGUUGGGUAAAGCAACAACAACUCUCAAAGAAACAUUUACACAUCUGAACAUCAUGUGCAGUUUGACCCCUUGUGUAACUUAGCUAUAGGUCGUAAUGGCUUUCCUAAAUAUAUGAAGGAUGAAAGCAUAGGAUGCAUUUUGAGACCACACAAAAUAUAGAGCUAUGAGGUUAUAACCUUUCUCCUUUGAACUUCUUUCCUUUUCUAAUUGUCAGUCCACGGGGACUCAGCUGAAAAUGAGCUUAAAUGCUUAAUUGAGUUCAAAACCACUAGUCUCAGACUCUUCUGGAAACUGGACACCGUGCAUAAACAGAAACAUUAAAUCAACUUGUUUUUUUUAAGGCUUUUAUGGUCACAUAGUGUGCUGGGUGAGGAAAUCACCUCUGAAGUGAAUCAGGUGUAUUGUACAGAAUCUGUCUGGCAAGGCUUGUUUCAUUUCCUCUUUAUUAUUAUUUUAAAAUAUAAAAACACAGCUAAAAUAAUUAAGGCAUCUAUGAAAAAUAAGAGAACCUUGAAGAUUUUUAAGUUGAUAAAGCUGCAGAAUUGGAUGUGGAAGCCACAUUUAUACUACUAAUAUGGUUGAACUGAGUGGUAAUUAAAAGCAAAUGAUUCCUGGAUAUGUUAGGAAUGCUAAAGCUGAACAGAAUUGAUCUUAUUCCAAAUUCUUUACAGCAGUUUAGCGGCAGGAUGAUAAAUCAAAGACCCAAAGUGAAAACCAGACAGAUCUAAGCCAAGCUGCUAAUUUGAGCACGUUUCCAAAGACUCAAAAGUUUGUUCAAGCACACAGAAUGUAGCAGACUUUGCCUGCUAAAAUGUCUUCUUUGUGGUCCUUAAGUAAAUAGCAUUUAUUCACAAUUAAAUAUAAAGACUGUCUUUAUUCAUAAAUUCAUAUAAACUUCAUACCCUUCAACAAUAUGAUCCCAAAUGCAUGUGUGGCAGGGGAAACCCAGCCAGAUGGGUGGGGUAUAAAUUAUUAUUAUUACUGUUAUUAAAUAGUGUAGCUGCAUUAGUUAAAGCAGCACUUCCUAGUGGGGUAAUAGCAGCUGUUCAGUGCAGCAUUUUGAUUGCUCUCAUGCAAAACAUUUAUUUCCAAUUAUCAGGUGGUUUUGUGAAGAAAAGAAUUGAGUAAAGGUAAAGGGACCCUUCCCUGACCAUUAGGUCCAGUUGUGGCCGACUCUGGGGUUGCAGUGCUCAUCUCGCUUUAUUGGCCGAGGGAGCUGGUGUACAGCUUCCGGGUCAUGUGGUCAGCAUGACUAAGCUGCUUCGGGUGAACCAGAGUAGUGCACUGAAAUGCCGUUUACCUUCCUGCCUGAGUGGUACCUAUUUAUCUACUUGCACUUUGAAGUGCUUUCGAACUGCUAUGUUGGCAGGAGCAGGGACCGAGCAACGGGAGCUCAACCAGUCACAGGGAUUCAAACCGCUGACCUUAUGAUUGGCAAGUCCUAGGCUCUGUGGUUUAACCCACAGCGCCACAUGCUCUCAUGCAAAACAUUUACAGUGGUAAUUAAGUUCUUAACCUGAGGUACCACUGUAUUUCCAAAUAUCAGGUUGUUUUGUGAAGAAAAGAUAUGAGUACGGUAGGGUAAAUGAGUAUGCAGUAUAGGCCACGUGCAGUUGCAGCCUAGAUAAUUUAUUUACUUUGGGCAUGCCAGGGGUGGGUGGAAACACCCCACAAACAGAUCAGUUGGCAGUGCCUUCUGGUUGUUGCAGUCAGGCCCCUUCAGAAGUCUCUAGGGAGAUCCAGGCCAAUUCUAGCUGUUAAAGAAACACAAAAACAAAAUGAGCCAAAAAAUAGUGGUAUGUUUAUAUAAUCAAUUGAUUUGAGGACACAUUCAUCAUGUUCUGCUCUUCUGCCACCAGAACCAAUAUAUUUUAUUAAUAUUUAUGAAUAUGUUAAGCUAUUUAAUAUGACAAUCUACAGCAAUUAACAAACAAAUUAUGCCUUUACCAAAUCAUAUAUCUUAUUUGCUUCAAUUUGCAUUCUUUGUUGGAAUUCACACAAAUAACGGUAAAUUAGAUAGAUCCUGGAGUGAUUCAAUAACAGGACCCUUUGUUAUUUGUGAUUCAUUAACAGGACAGUUAUUAAGAAUAUGCACUCUUAACACAAUUUAAUUGUGAAGAGGUUCUGCGUGUGGUCUUUUUCUAGAUUUCCAAUAGCCAAGGCUACAAUUACAAAGCAUUAUUUUACACACACUGGGGAAUGCUGCACAAUAUUCAGUGACUCACAGCUGGCACAUACUUUUAGGGAUCAAGGAGACUGAUUUAGACAAAUGUAAUUCAGAGUAGAUAUUACAAACUUGACCGUGUUGACCAGGAAACUCCUAGAUGUAUGAGAAACAGCUAUGUCUUACCAUUUUUGGAUCACUCUGUGUGUGUGUGUGUGUGUGUGUGUGUGUGUGUGUGUGUGAGAGAGAGAGAGAGAGAGAGAGAGAGAACUUUGCUUUUGCAUACUGAAAUAGUGUUUUCAAAAUCAAUUUAUCCAGAUAUAAAUGACAAAAGAAAGUAGAAUUACACAUUAUGACAGAUGGAGCUGCUGUGUUGAAUUCUCCCCUUCUGUAACACACACGUUGCAGCUUGUGGCCAGCUACCUCCUGCAGUGACAUCAGCCCUCUAAUUCCACCCAUCAAAUGAUAGGGAAAGAAAUGGAUCCUUACUGUUGUCAGUCAGUGAAAAGCCCUGGAAUAUGAUGGCUUCAGGCCCAAUCAUUCCAGAUCCAGGCUGUUGCUGCAGCAGCAGCCUGUCUGCGCCUCACUUUGCACCCUGCAUGUGUGGCAGGAGCUGCAGAAGCAGCAAUGACCCAGCCAAGUUCUGCAGGGCUGGAGUCUUGAUUGCUUCUUCUGUUUCUGAUCAUUUAGAAUAAUUCAAAGCAAGUUAAAUGGUUGACUUGGAAAAGUGAUCAGUUAAAUAAGGCCUUUCAGAAGCAUAGGAGUAGGUAGGAUGCAGUUGUUAUCCUUCUCAGUAGUUGCUCCCAGACUUUGGAAUUGCCUCCCUAGAGAAGUUAGGCUGGCUUCCUCAUUGUGGUCCUCCUGCCAGCAGGUGGAGACAUUAUGGCUCCAGCAGGCUUUUGGGAACUGGCUGCUUUAAAUGAAAGGGCUGGUGCCAUGCUGUUUUUAUUGUAAUUAUUUGUAUGGUUUUAAUAUACUUUAUGUAUAUAGUUUUAAUUCUAUCAAUUUUUAAUUGUUUUUAAUCCCCUCCCUGUUUUUAGCUGUUUUUUAUGUGUUUUUUAAUAUCUCUAAGCAGCCUUGAGUCCCUGUCAGGGGAAAAGUUUGGGGUGGAUGGGUAAUAAAUAAAUAAAUAAAUAUAAACCUUUCUCAGAAAUGUUUGCUGCAACUAUGAGAAUGUAUUCUUUUUACAGGCGAAUUAGAAUAUGUUUUUUAAAUACUGGCCUGAACUUUAAAAAAACAACUCCCUUAAACUUGUAAAAUGUACUCAUGAAUAAAAAUGGCAAGUACUAUAUUGAUGCAUAUAUGCAGACACUAAAUAGAAAUAUUUCCCUUUCUUUUUUGGUACCUGGCACUUGUGCUUAACAGAAAUUCAGUGCCAGGAUCUUGGAAAUGUCUGCAGUCUGGGCCAGGAAUUUCAAGCAGAGCUGAUAUGGAAGCUAGUGAAGACCAGGAAGUGUGAAAUAGUCUGAGAUUGAAACAUAAAUUCUAGAUCAUUUCUGGGUUAUAACAUCAGCUCAUUAUUUAUGUUCAAAUACCUUGUGUCCUACACAAUUUGACAAAUCAGAAUGAUAAUUUGAUCCAAGGAAGGAAGGCAAAUAUGGAAAUAGAAGAUUAAAAAUAAAAGAUUAAAGAAGAGAGAACCUGCUUGAACUAUUCAAGACAAGAUAAAUGGCUUAAGAGAGAGGUGAGGGAGAACAGCCUCUUAAGAACUGAUUUCAGAGAAUAAAACGGGAAGCAUUCAGUCUAGAUAAAUAAGAUGCCACAGAUAGCACCAGAAACAAUUGAUGAAUCCUCUAUCCACAGGAAUGUGUGUUAUAUCCCACACACACAUUCAAAGCCACUGCCAGUGGAUGUUCUCAGAUUAUUUUAGUGUGAUUUUAUUUUUAUUUUUGAAAUAAUGCUCCAAUUUUGCAACUUGCCACAUCCAGGCUCAAUCCACAUGUAUUUUCUAUGGGGUGUCAAGUUGCUUUCUUAAAAUAUGUCAGAACAUCCAGAAAAUGAAUGUCUCGUUCCUGUAACUUAACAGCUGACUUCAGCCAUUGGAAAAUAAAUUAAAAUCAAAUGAUAGCAAAUGCGCCACAUUAAAAAAUAUAUUUCAUAGAGUGCAAAAAAUUGUAGACUUGAGGUACAGAUGAGCAGGAAACAAAGCAUUUAAGAAAGUCCAGUUGACACAAGUAUUUCAGAGAAGACCUAGAAGGCAAUGGCAGGCAAUCCAGGGACCAUUAGCACUUUUAUAGCAUUUAGAUCUGCGCCUUAAACAAAAUAUCUAAAGACCAAGUACAAGGUUUGGAUCAUUUAUGAAAGUCUUUCAACUGCACAAAGCAGUCAUUCAGAACAUGAGAAGGAGACAGGCUUUAUCAGAGUCGGAGAGGAUUGCAGCUAUCUUUGAUGUUAAUGCUAUUUCCUGAAACUGGCAUUUUCAGUUUCUAUACAGUGACCAGAGAGAAAUAGAGGAACAGUACACAAUUUCACAUAACACCUCCCCAGUUUCUCUCACUCUGUGUCUGUCUUAUUAUGCCUCCCCCCCCCCCCACAAAAUACUCAGGGAUGCAAAUAUGUGUUCAGGGGCCUGGGGCUCUUAGAAAUAAGAAUCUGGACUCAGACAAUGCUAAUUAGAUAGGGCAUGUUUAUUUUAUAGUUCCUUGCUUACAGUUAUGCAGACCAGUGUUCUUCCUUCCAGAAUUCCCUUUGCCCCAUUUCCUAAGGUGGACUAUCUCAUGCUUAGCUCAGAGCAUUCUGAAAUCCUGGUCUUGAUCAAGGAAUGGAUUGGUCAUAAACAUUACAUCCCUCCUUUCCCCCUAUCAAACCACAAAUAUAAUUGAAAACACAGAACACUUGAAAACAUUUCUACAACUGUGUUGUAAAAACUACAACUAUAACAAUAUUAUACAACUAAAGACAUAGAACAAAACCAAAUAAUUGCUGUAUGGUUCACAAUGGAACACAGUGGUUGGCCCUCGCUGGGUACCUUUGACCACACGGAAAGGAGUUGCUGGACUUGGUACAGCAGUACACUUUUUAUGAAGUUGCCAUCAUGCCUAUGAGUUCUGAGCGGUGCUGUGAAGUAGGUUAAUUAUAGAAACAUUUCUUGUUAAUUUUGGGGAACCCCUUGUGCCAUGACCAUUGUGCCACUUGCUGUGAUUUGGAUAUGGCACAGAAUAGAAGAGCACUGAGAGUAUGUCGCGUGGCUUGAGAUUGUAUUGAGAGUAUAUUGUGUGGACACAAAGUGCAUCCCACUUUGAAUGGCGUUUCUGUAGCUCUCUGCUUCGUUGCAAUAUAUGUCGUAUCUCGUUGGUUCAAAUUCUUGUUUUAUAUUGCUUCCAUCUGCAGUAGCAAUAUAUAGAACUUCUGAAUGUCCCUAUAAACCUCUCAACCUGCCCAUUUGCUUGUGGCCAAUAAGGUACAACGUUUCAGUGUUUGAAUCCAGUAUAGUCUGAAAAUUAAGCAAAAUGAUGGUCCAUUUUUUACUUUGAGGAUAUGUUAGCUGCUUCUUGUUGGAAUGUUUCUGGAGCACAUGCACAGUUUCAGUUUCUUUAGUGGGGCUCCCUUUCUCAAUUUUCUGGACAUGUAUUUCUGGCAUUUCAUUUGCCUGAGCAGUGUCUAUAGUGUUUUAGCAAGAGUCACCUGGGAUUCUCAUAAAAUUUGCCUGAACAUUAUGUUGGCAGUGCAUAUUCUAAAACAGCUGAAUAGCAGAAUAAAUAUCAGUUGUUAUAUUGAAUUAAUAAAUGAAUUAAUUAAAUGAGGUAGCUUUCAAAAAUUGGCUCUUACAGUUUUUGAAUUUUGUGUUUUGGGGGCAAAAUAGACUAGUGCUGUUCAACAGUAUGUAUGUAUGUAUGUAUGUAUGUAUGUAUGUAUGACUUCACAUUCGUUAGCUUGGCAAAGAUACACUUACUUUGGUAUUGUGUUCCACAUACCCCUCAACUAAUUACAGCCUCUUCAGCAGCUUGGAUAAGCAUUGUCUGAAGAGAACUUAUCAGUCAAUCACUUUGAUAUUAAAAUGUGGUGGGGGGUUGUUGUGAUGGCCUUUCCUUCACAUUCUAUCCCCUGCAUCUUCUAAGAAUUUGCAAAACUCUUUUCCAAAAUAUAUACAUUUGUCAUUGCAAAUUAGUAUUGCUUCGGUAGAAUAGGUGACAGAUGUAGGCAUGCAUCUGAGAAAGACACUGUUUGCCUCAUUUCUCAUAUUUCACAAAAAUGCUAAUGUUUAAAUUCAAAGGGAAAUGAGCUAUGUUUUGCCUUCAAAGAGUUCUAAAAUUGUAUGGAAGCAGACAAGCCAGACGGCUUCAGCAUUUUACAUUUAUUGGUACAGAAUUGUUUCAAAGGGUCACAAAGUGAGAUGUAGUUGAUUUCUUCCUUGUCUAAAUACCUGAACUCUUGAGUGCUUAAAAAAAUGAUUUUCCUUUAUCAUUCCCUUGUCAUUAUUUUGCCGUCUUAAUAAACUCUGUGGACCAUUUGUAAGCUUGAGUUAUAAUUGCAUUUUUCAGGUCCCCCCCCCCGAGUUGCCUUAUCCGUGUUAGCCUCAUCUAUGAGGUCAUGGAAAGCCUGCUACUUAUCACUUUGUGGGGGAGAGAUGCUAGCCAUUCAGUAAUGUGUUCUCUCGGGACUGAGAUAGCAGAGUUGUGGAACACUAGUGGGAAAUUGUGCUAAAUAUCUAUGAAAGUAUUUUUACAUGGCAUAAGCUCCACAGCAACAGAGGGCGAAAAAUCCCAGACUUUUCCAUUUGUUUUAAGUUAUUCUCAGAUCCAUUUUGGAAUCAAACACCUCAAGAGUUUUCCCUUGGGCUCAUGAUGGGAAAUCUUACCCAGAAGACCUAGACACCGAUUCAAGAGCCUUUAAAAUACUGAGUAUAAUAAUCCUGACCUAACAUGCCCUUCUCUGCCAUUAGUUGGCUGUGCCUGUAACUCAACAAUUUUAUGGGCUUAAUGGCUUGCUGCUAAGUACAUCUUUUAAGGCUAACCAAAGUCAGCUGAAUGAAACAAUUCUCUUAGUCGACAUGUCUAAUAGGCUAAAACUGGUUGUUCUUAACUCUUUGCAAUACUCUCAACUUUUCAAACAGUUCUUGGUCUGCAAACAUCAUCUGGUAUAAAUCAACACAGUUCCUUUAAAGUUUUUGGAUCGAAGGUUAUUUACACCUGAUGAGAAUCUGGACAUUUUAGUUUGAAUGGUGCCAGGCUGAAAAGAAAAAGAGGCAACAGGAAGAGAAAUCCUGAAAUAAUUUUUACUUUAAACUUACUAAGAUCAUAUUAAAAAAUUAUGGUGCAUUAACCAGGGAAAAAAGAUUGGUCUCAGAUAAGUUAAGGAAGAGAACAGAAAUGUGUGUGGUGUUUAUAUAAUACAUCCAAAGCAUGCUAAAAUGAAAGCUAGAAGUAUUGGUUCCCAGGCGCCAAGUGAGAUAUCACCCAAAAAUGCAAUCGUUCUGCAUACCAUUUGUGGGUUGAUUUCUUUUUCUCUGUGGCAUCACUAAAAGAGGAAGGAGUAGGAUAAGGAACGCUUCAAGGCCAGGAUAAGAACAAUCAUUUCCUUUCCUUUUGCUCCCAUUAUGAAAAGCUCAAUUGUUUCAUCUUACUGCUUUUAUCAUUUGGGAAAGGAUACAUUUAGCACAUUGCAGCUCCAGAUAAAGGAGGCAUCAAAGGUACAUGCAACAUAUAAGGAAGAGAGAGGAACGUUUUUCCAAACUGCUCUCUAUUUCCACUCAUUAAGAUUCAGAUUUUUAAUGCUUGUUUUCACCUAAGGAUUAAUAUGUCACUUUAAAAUCUGUACACCUCAUACAUUUUUUGUAUUUUUUAUAUUAAGUUAUAUUGAAUUUGGGCAGGAGAUUCUGGGAGUUAACAUGGUAUUUCAUUAAAACGCAUAGAAGGAAAAAGAAUGUUUGAGCUUUGGGGUUGAUUAAACACAAAGAAAAGAAGAUCAGUCACCUGAAGUGAGAGUAGCAUGAAGAAUUUUAUUAUUUUCAUCUGUGGGAUGAGAACAUGAAAGUGAUUAAUAAAUAUGAGGUUCAGUGACUGGAAAGUAAUGUAGAGUAUUCCAAGACAUUCAAGAUAGUUUGUUGGCUUUCAUCCAAGGAAAUAUAUUGCAUGUCUAUUUUGCUUAAUAGGACUUUAUAGCAAGGCAAAUUGUCUCAUGCAUUCCUGGAUUCCAUCUCUCCUUGCCUGAAGCAAGCCAGUUAUAUUCACCUUAAAACUCAGGGUCUGGAACACACUGGCACUGGCUCUUACUGCCACAAGCUAUAUUGACUGGGCCACAAACUUCUGCCACUGUUUUAGAGAUGGUUUUCCCUUGGGCAUGCAAUGAUUUUGCAAGUCUUCUCCUGUCUUACAGCUGUACUGAGGCAGAUUGGAGCGUGGUAACCAAUCAAAAAACAGUUCAAUUUUACAUGCUCUAUCUCAAUCAGAUUUUAUUGCAGCAUUGCAUAGUAAGGACAAUUAACAUUAUCUUGCAAAAAAAGGUACCGGGGGCCAAUUCAUCUGUUGUUCUUUAAUAGGGCACUAUAUCUAGGACAAAUAUCUCUUGAGGAGUGGUGUCAUUUUUCCUUGGUGGAAGUAUGCAUGUCUCAUACAGUUGUCUAUUUCCUGUGUUUAUUCUGGAGGUAGGGCUGUUUCACGUUUUUUUCUACACAGAAAUUACCAUAGAAAAUCCAUAUGCAAUACAACAUGAAACAAAUGUGCACAGUGUCCAUUCUGGGCAUAGGAACCAUUAUUAAUAUAUGGCCACCAUGUAUGGCUUGCCUAAGAUUUUUUGCUACUCUUAACAACUCCACUUUAAAAUCUGAAAUUCCACUACAGAGAAUGCUGAGGUACAACUCUUGGGUCAUGUGGUGCUUCAGCCAAACUCCACAAAACUUGCUACCUCAAGCAACUGCUAGGUUUGGUUAUGCUGUAUUUCCAACCCUCUAUAAGCCUUCUUAAACCACAUAUUCUGGAAGCAAGCCCAUUCCCAUAGAGUGAUUGGAACUAGAAUGGUCUUAACUCCCUCCAAUAAAAGGAAGCUUUCCCAUCUACCAUCACUCUCCAGGAUUAAGCUGCAGUCUGGAUUACAGCACUUGAUAGAAGAUGCAGCCUGCAUUAACUCAGGAAAGAACAAGAAAAGCCGGACUUGCAAGGGAAGUUUCAGCAAAACUAAAACUGACCGGAGUUACACAGGGGCUUCUCGUAAUCGUUUUUUUGUUUAGUCUUCAAUGUUUUCAUUGCUGCAGAGCCACAGUGGAGAUCCCCACGAGGGGCUGAAGAUUUUAAUCAAUAGUGUCGCUUAAAUGCUUUGUGCUAAGAUACAGUUUUAGGCACACUUCAGUACUUCAAAUUCUUCUAUUCCCUUUUAAGAAAGUUACUUAUUCUUCUAAAAAUAUAAAUAUUAUGCAGAUACGGUGCAUAAUGAUCCACAUUCUCAACUACUCAGUCUUGCAUUUCCCUCUUUUGUUCAUUUCGCAAUUAACAUUUGGUAUCUGGGAGGUGGAGACAACACAUGGCAACUGCUUCCUGUUAAAAUACCCAGAGCUCUUCUAAAGACUAAAAAAAAAAAUAUCAAAGGUAUACUGAAAUAGGCAGCUGCUUGCCUGGGACUGAACAGCAAGGCUUGGGUCACAAAAGAACAAGUGUGUGUUCAAAUAGAAAUGGCACGACAUAUUAUACGGUUUGUUUUUCCAAGAACGCUGUAGGAUAGUAAAUCAUUCACUGGAAUAAAUGAAUAUGGUUAUACUGAAAAGCAUUAUUAGUGCAAAAGGUGAAAAGAGGUAUGGAAAUACAUUACAAAUCUGGCCAUGUAUCAAAUGUGGUUGCAACUGUGUAGAACCUGCAACGAGAAGGAAAAGACUUCCAUUUUGCACAGCACAGAAGCCCCAGAGUCUGCCUUGGUUGCCUUAGCAAACCUUGGAAGUAAAUAUUACAGCACAAGUCAGGGAUGCGAACCUGUUGUGGGGGCUGAUGAAAUUUGGAAUCCAACAGCCUCUGGAGGAUCACAGACUCCUCAUCAGUGGCAUAAGGUCACACUUGCAUCCCAAGGGCUAUUACAAUGGCUAAGGUUGCUUGCCAAAUUUUGGUUCUGUAAAAGAAUCUGCCUGUUAAACUUUUAUGCAGUGUAAGUGGAACACACAGAAAUUCUGCCAUUAUUGUUUUCCUGCAUGCUAUAGAACCAGUAAGAGAACAUGCCUCUAGGAGCUUCUAGACUGGGGACUUUUUAGCACUACAGUGGUACCUCUGGAUGCGAACGGGAUCUGAAUUUUAGAAUUCUACAAAUGUUAGCAUGCAUAAAAGCAGAAGCUAAUUUUUUUUGUUAAUUUAUGAAAUGGCAUGAAAGAGCCCAAGAUAACAAAAAGGGGGAACUUUAAAUUCCGUGGCCAUGAUCAGUCAAGGGAAGGUGGUAACUCUUGCUGUUGACACAUAAGGAAAAGCGUGUUUCACUUUCACCUACUCUUAAGUACUAUCUGUACAAAUUGCUUCCCAUAAAACAUCCCAAAGUGAUGUAAAUAUGCUCAAGUGUUUGAAUAUGCCCAGUGCAAUUAAGUGGGGGGGGGGAGCUUCCCCUUCCAUUUCAUAUUACAAAAUGAUUAUUUUUAUGUACUUGUACCCUGCCCUUUCCCCUGCUUUUGAAAGUUUCCAGUUUCAAAAAUAUGCGUCUGAUGGCCCACCCAUCUCUUAGGCACUCUAAGUACUGAACCUAAAAGGAAAUUUGAUUUGCUAGCAACUGACUAUGUGUCUUACAAAGUUUCUAUCAGUUUUACAAGGUUUCUGUUGGUUUUGUUUCAGAACCAUGACCAUUCAUGUAUAGCAUGCAGGAUCAUCUAUCGGUCAGAUGAACACCACCCACCAAUUUUACCUCCAAAGGCUGAUUUGACUAUUGGAUUACAUGGGGAAUGGGCGAGCCAGCGCUGCGAAGUGCGUCCUGAAGUGCUCUUUCUCACCAGGCACUUCAUCUUCCAUGACAACAACAAUACCUGGGAAGGUCAUUACUAUCAUUAUUCUGACCCAAUCUGCAAGCACCCCACUUUCACCAUCUAUGCCAAGGGUCGUUACAGCCGGGGAGUACAUUCAUCCAGAGUGAUGGGCGGAACAGAAUUCGUGUUUAAAGGUAAGAUCAUUAGUUUUCAACCAAAGCUCUUUCCAAAGUACAGCAUAAUUUUUAUAGCACGUAGCAAAACACAUAUGUGGAGGGAUUAAUAUCAUACCAAAUUGCCCCACAUGUUCUUGGAUAUCCAUCUCACAGUAGACCAGCUCAGUUUCUUGCAGCCAUGCAAUGCUUUAUUUAAGCUUCCUUCUGCCUUCAAGUAGGACUAUAUUCCCGUAGUUCUCAUGAUUCCUGCCUUGUGCUGCUGCACUAAGUUGAAUGGCCCAGACUGGCCAGGGAAGGGGAAUCAGUAAGCAUUAUCGGGUAGUUUGACAGAUAGGAGCCAGACUCUCAGAUUUCUGUAAUAGACCACCUCUUUCUGUGACGCUUGUAUGAUGCUUUUGGGUGGUCUUUGGAAGAGGGGUUGGGCAGUUUCUAAAGCCUUUAAAAGCUGUUACACAUCUUUGUUCUGGGUCCUCACCUCCUUGCAGGGGUGGAAGCUCUGUUGCAAACGAAAAUAAAGAUCUUCCUUCCUUCUAAAGAAAGAAAGAAACUUGCUGCAAAGCAGCAAGGUCAAAUAGUGUCAAAUAAAGGGCAAGUACUUAAAGCUUGGAAGUAGUGUAAGACAGACUUGAACUAAUUACCAAAAAAUCAAGUUAAGAUACCUGUUAUGAAACAAUGGAAUUAAAUUCUAAAGUGUUGUAAUCACAGCCAACUGUGUUAAAUAAAUAUAAAACGUGUAUCAGUCACCUUAAAGAGAGCAAGCAGUUCUCCUUGGCUUUUAAAUAGAACCCCAGGGAUAGCCGAGCUACAAACAGUUCUUAAAAUGAAAAAGACACAUGGCAACUAUAAAAUGAAAUGUGUUGUGCCUAAAGAGUAAAGCUGCAAGUUCUUUUUCCAAAAUGGUGAAAGAACACACCAAACUCCUGCAGAGCUGAGGAACAAAAAGCCUUCACUCCUAACAUCCAUGACAAACUUGGAGACCUUGCCCAUCACUUUUAUAAAGGCAUUCCUGGGUUUGUGAUCAAUUGGUGGGCAUUCCAGUCUUAAGCAUAGACCAUAAAAGCUAACCUAUGAAGUCAAAGGAUGAAGUCAAACAUAACAAAUCUAAAUAGGGCUGCUUCUGUGUUGAAAUGACAUGCAAGGGGGCCUGGAUUUUUGUUAGGAUUUGUUGAAUUGUUCAUAUAAAUUUAUUAAAAUAUGCCACCCAAACUUGAAACUGGACCAACUUAAGUUUGCUUGGAAUUCCCUUUCUUGAGGUGCUUUCAGUUCAGCUGGAACUCAAAACAAAAUUGUUUAAAUUACUUUUAAAUUAAAUCAUAAAAUCAUAGAAUCAUAAGAGUUGGAAGAGACCACAAGGGCCAUCGAGUCCAACCCCCUGCCAAGCAGGAAACACCAUCAGAGCACUCCUGAGAUAUGGUUGUCAAGCCUCUGCUUAAAGACCUCCAAAGAAGGAGACUCCACCACACUCCUUGGCAGCAAAUUCCACUGUCGAACAGCUCUUACUGUCAGGAAGUUCUUCCUAAUGUUUAGGUGGAAUCUAGUCAGUCUUUUCAUGAUUAGGAGAACUUGGCUGAUAUAAAUCAAGGUUGUUUUUUUAAAGCUCUGAAGUUUAUAGAUUAUCCAUUCCUCAAGAUGUUGCACACAUGAAGCUUUAAAAGUGUGGAUAAUAUAUGAUGGUAGUGGAGCUGACAUUUUCUGAGGUUUUUGGUUUCCAUUUGGAACUGGUUACUUCAUUAGCUUUCUGAGCAAGUAUAUGUUAAAAGACAUAGCUUUAUAUCCUGGCUACAGAACAAUUUUUAAAUGAAAUUUGAGUGCAGUUUUAUAGCGUCCUCUCUCAUGAAAAGCAACUUGGUUUUAUUUGUAGGCUUGCCUGGGGCAGCAGGGUUGUGAAAUAGAAACUGUUUAAUCUCUUGCCUUUCCUAUCUAGACAUCAGUCUUUUUUUCUUUUUUGGUGGAACUUGCUUUCCCCCCUCCUAGAAGACUUAAUUAUGUGAACCAAAGUUAGUUCAUUUGCUUAGCAUGCCCACUACACAGAAGCUAAAAAUGUUUGUGAAGAUAGAACAAGUAUCUGACCCAAUUUAUUGUCCCCAGCUCAUUAUAGAAAUACAUUUGAGUUUUACACUUUGAAAAAUAGGCGUAUUAAAAUGUUUGAUGACAUUUAGAGGCUUAAAAAGAAAUCAAGAGCAUCAAACUGGAAAAAUUAUUUAUAAUUAAUUUCAAAUAAAUUUGCACCUUAUUUUAAAAAGUGUAUUGAUUUUUGUGCUUACUUUAAUGAAGCUUUAUUGAACAACUGGAUAGCUGGGGGUAUAUGUGUAUGGAAACAAAUUUCCAUGAAUGUAUGUUUAAAGCUUGGAUUGAGAGCAAAGUACUGGAUCAGCACCCUGUGGCUGUUUUCCCUGUAAAAUAACUAUCAGAAUUAAGUGUGCUCUUUAAAAAAUAAAAAUAAAAAAUGUUAAAUGUAGUUUUAUGUUAUAUUUAGAUCAGAGAUCAGAACCACUCUAGUAAUCACAUGAUCUAAUCUAAUGAGUAAAGGUAUAAAGUAAUUGUUAUUGUUCCUAAAUCAAAGAUUGCAGCAUGUUCUCACCUUUGAUGCUAUUUUAUCUAGCAUGUGCAUAAGGAAGUUAGGGCAAUAAUAGACAACCCUCCAAUCCAGAGGCUGCUUAUGGGUACAGGAACUCCAUUUUAGCUCAGAACUCUCUUGCUUAUAAACAUGUGAAUGCAUAAGCUGUGAUUCAAGUCCUCCAUUGAAAUUAAUAUCAAAGAGAUGUAAACACUGCUAACAUAAUUAAAUGCUUGCAUUGGUCAUGCUCAUUAAAACAAGAAAAAAUGAGGAUAUGUUCAUGCCUUGCUGAAAUAUUUGUUCAUGGCCAAGGUUCAGUGAAUCAAUCAAGAUUGGCAGUUUGCCGUCUUCCUUGUUGUAGCUUUUCCACGCACAUACGUGUUACACAGCAGUUGCAUAAUUUCAUAUUUUAAGGAAAUUUAAACCUUUUCUUAACGUUGUACAAUAGCUGUAAAGCAGUCAUGUUAUAGUCCAGUGACAAUGAGAAGUGAAGCGUGCCAAGGAGAUACAUAUUCAAUACAGACCAGCAAUGGUUACUGUAGAAGAGGAGGUGAUGCAACCUGUUAUGUAUAUCAUAAGGUAGAGUAGCAUAGUAAAUCUAGGUCAUGCCCAAGGACUAAUUCCUUUGAACACUGUCAAGGCUGAACUCCCAACAGCAACAGAAAGCAAACCACCACCACACUAGACAAUUUUGUUACUCAGGGAGUGAGCAAAAAAGCAUUUGCUCAUUGUGGGGCAGGGAGCAUGGUUCUCUUGGCUGAGGUCACCUAUCUCAGCAGUUCAGGAAGCCCUGUCCUCACUCAGAUCAGCUUUGUUUUCCAUGAUGUCACCACAUUCACUACAUUAUCCCUGGUUCAAUAGGAAGAGAGGAGAAAUGAACGGCAACAUACAGGCAUAUAAAGUGACCAUAAAGAUAAAAUGCAAAAACAAAAUGGCUACCUUGAGAGCUUGUUUUCUGGCACCGCUCAAAUUAUUGAGCAUUGUUACCACACUGUGAAUUCAGCAGUGUCAUUAAAUCUAUGCACAGUCGUACCUCAAAAGUCAAAACGCCUUGCGAGUCUAACGUUUGGCUCCCGAAUGUCACAAACCUGGAAGUGAGUGUUCAGGUUUGCAGACGUUCUUUGGAACCCAAACAUCCAACGUGGGUUCCGCGGGUUCCGAUUGGCUGCAGGAGCUUCUGCAGCCAAUCAGAAGCCGCACCUUAGUUUCUGAACAUUUUGGAAGUCAGACAGACUUCUGGAACGGAUUCCGUUCAACAUCUGAGGUACAACCUUAUCUGGUUUAUAUUUUGCUCACUCUUAAAAUGACUUAUGAUUAUUUUCAUCUAGUUAAAACAGAGAGCACUGCUACAAGAAAUUCCCACAAUAAGCCAACCAUGCACCUUACUAGUGUUCCACUACUAAAUACUAGAUCUGAGAGCAUAUUUAUUCAACUCACUAACUUGUGGACAUUGUUCUAAGAGCCACUAGCUUAGAUAAAUUUAAAAGGGGAUUGAGACACAGUCAGAAGAGGAUAGAUCUGUUAAUAGUAAUUAGUUAUGAUAGCUAAAUGGUUUACAGGAAGCUUACCUGUGAAAAAGCCGUUGCUGUGGGCAAACAACGGGAAUGGCUGUCGCUUGUACUUUUCUUAAAGCAUCUGGCUGGGCACUGCUGGAACAGGAUGCUGAAACAGGAUGCUGAAGUAGAAGGGCCCAGGAACUAAUGAGCAGGGCUCUUCUUAUGACUUCACUUGCAACUCUUACUGGUUUUGGUUUUAAACCCCUUUUUUCUUUCUUUCCAUACACUUGAGUUACUCUUCACAUUUAUAAAGGCUCAGUUCAGAAGCAAAUGCUGUGUCUUUCAAGGUCAACGGGUUUAGAAACUUCUACAGAAAAUAAUCAAGCUCUUCCUGAAAUAGAAAUCUGGCUGUUGACAAAAUCAUAUUACCUCAAGGCACAAUUAACAGUCCCUUCUUUGUUUUUUUGCAGUGAAUCAUAUGAAGGUUACACCCAUGGACAUAGCUACUGCCUCUCUACUGAAUGUCUUCAAUGGAAAUGAGUGUGGGGCAGAAGGAUCCUGGCAAGUUGGGGUGCAGCAAGAUGUUACUCACACCAACGGCUGCAUUGCUUUGGGAAUUCGCCUGCCGCAUACAGAGUACGAGAUCUUCAAAAUGGAGCAGGAUGCCAGAGGGAGAUACUUGUUGUAUAAUGGCCAGAGACCCAGUGAUGGAUCCAGUCCCGACAGACCAGAAAAGAGAGCCACCUCAUACCAAAUGCCCUUAAUUCAAUGUACUUCAUCCGCACCAAGAGUAGAUGAAACUUUAGAAGAAAACAAACUAGGAUGGUACAGCACUGGAGCACCAGCAAAAAAUCCCUGUGCUUUUGUUUUGGUUAUGAUGCUGGCUGUUAGUACUGUGCCAACGUUGGGCAUUUACAGCUAGAAUUGCAUUUUCAAAUGACUCCUAUCAGGGCAAGUGUAGGACUUAGGCUACAUGGGGAGAAGAUGUCAUAAAGCAUCUUAACAGACAAAAAAAGGACAUUUUCUUGAUGCCUGAAGAACUGUUGUUCCUUUUAUCCUCCUUGAAUCAUGAAUAGCACCAGUUUGUUUCUGCUUUGAACGUCAUCCAGUCUGAUCCAUGGCCUGACAUGACUGCACAACAGUAAUUGCACUUUAAAACUGCAGUUCUUCACCCUUAACCCUGUCUUCAGUUUGUUCUUUGGAAGAAAAACUUAUUGGGCUGAACUAUCUUACACAACUUUUCAUCUACCAACUGUGCUGUUGCAGUUGCUCCUACUCCCCAAAUCAGUUUCAUCUUUGAAUUUGAUUAUCUAGAAUUAUGCUUUUAUCGUAUUGUGUCAAUACUGAUAAACUGCAUUGUUCUUAUGUUACAGUGUAUAUAUGUAUAUAUGAAAAAUCCAACUAAGGAUGUAUCUUAAAUACACUUUUAUAGAGUUUACAUAAAAUAUUAAAUGAUCUUUAGGAUCAAGAAUGCUGAAUGAAAAAUCUCAAAUUAAACCUGCACAGAUAAUUUAAAUGAUUGUAUAUAUAGGUGGUGAAUUUAAGAAUAAUCAAGAGAUUUAGAGUGACAUAUGGCGCCAAUGUUCUUACUAAGUUGCCCAACUUAUCACAGUUCAAAGCAAUUUCAGGGGUCCACCAACCACUUUCCACCAACUUUGAAAAAGCAAAAACAAAGGGAAGAAAGCAACAAGAUCUCUCAAUUAUAAAAACCAAGGUGAGUUAUACCAUAUCUUCAUAAGAAAUUCAGGAUAGUGGACUGCUUGCCAAAUGCAAUUCACUUGACAUUCAUUUUAUUAGACUGGGCAGUUCAAUAAAGCAAGCAAGGCUUAAUCUUUAUCUUUAUAUAUUUAUUUUUGCAAGACUUUUUUUAAAGAAUUCAUAAUAAGUUGUGGCAAAGAGUGGAGUUUAACUAGGAGCGGGAUGCUAGCCAAGUCUGUUUCCUUUGGUUAGUGGACAAAUUGAAUAUUAAAUUAUUCCUUUUUUCACUGGGAAUGGGACAGGGGGUCAUGUAAACUCCAUUGCUUUAAAUCAGGGACAGGGAAACCUAUCGCUUUCAUAUUAUUGGACAGAACCCCAGCCAGCAUGGUCAUUGAUGAUGGGAGUUUAGUACAGCUACAUCUGGAAGGACAAAUUCCCCACCCGUUUUAAAUUCACAGUAGCCUCUUUACAUAAUGCCACAAUGACAAGGCCAGGAAACACCGAAUCAAAAGAUACUCUCCCUAAAUAUCAUCUUAUUUAAAACCAGCAGUUUGAAGAACAAAUUAUCUCUUCUCUUUCAUGCAUGUGUAUUCACAUAUAAUUUAUUGACAUGUACAAGUGGGACAAGUUUCAAAUCCAGUGGUGAAAAAUAGCAAUGAGUAAACCAAGCCACGGUGUUGGGUCCCUUAGUAUAAUAGGAAGUGUUCUGUGAUAAAAUACAAACUUACAAAUUGGGACGCAUGAUAAGAAGGAAAGGAGCUCCAGAGGGAAGGUGGCAUAAAGAAAAAUUACUUUUCUCCCUUCUGUACAUAGAAGCCUCCAUAAGCUCAGAGUCUUCUAUCGACAAAGGGACACAACUAUAUACAACCUGUGGUAAGACAACAAACAGAAAGUGAGGGAUGCAACUGAGUCUACAAAAUCUCGGAAAAGGGACCAUUCUUACCAGCAGAAUUACACUUAUAACAUAUAAACAUCAUUCACUGGAAGCUGCUGCCAUGGGCUUGCUUUCUCCACUUGUUAUUUUUUACCAUCUGCAGAAGUUAAAGGGGAACUCAUUUAUGCUGAAGUAAGCAAAGAUACAAUUCAGAUAGAGAUCUUGGACUUUUGACAAUGACAGUGAAAAGCACCAUGUGAAACACCUUUCCCCCCCACAUCUGCCAUAACUAGAUGUGAGAAACCUCUGCACAUAUUUGGCUCUGGGCUGCAGAUUCUUUGACUGUUCUGCCACAGGGUAGAUUAGGAUUCCUGAAUUGGGAAUCUGCUACAAAGCUUCACCUGUCCAUCAGCCCUCCCUGCCACUUAGAAUAAUAGAAUCUCAGAAUUGUAGAAUUUGAAGGGACCCCAAGGGUCAUCUAGUUCAGGAAUAUCAAAUAAAUCAUACAUGGCGUAUGGCUGCCCAACUUCUACUUUAAAACCUCCAAUUUCCUCCUUAAAUUGUGGCCCUCAGAACUGGGCACAAUACUCCAGGUGUGGCCUGACCAAGGCAGAAUAGAGCAGGACUUACUUCCCUUGAUUUGCUCCUGCAUAGCACUGUUGAGUCAUGUUAAGCUUGGGGGGUCCUUUCCACAUGUACUACUGACAAACAAGAUGUCCCCCAUCUUAUAAUUGUUCAUGCCUAAGUGUAGAACCUUACAAUUGUCCUUGCUGAAAUCCAUUUUGCCAGUUUGGGCCGUUUUCCAAUCUGUUAAGGUCAUCUUGAAUCCUGAUUCUAAUGCCCCUGAAUACUUUCAUCCAAGUCAUUUAUAAAGAUGUUGAGCAACAACAGGCCCAGGACAGAACCCUGUGGCAUCCCAUUUGUCACUUCUUUUCCAGGAUGACAAGAAACCAUUCGUGAGUACUCUUUUGGUUUGGGCAGUCAACCAGCUGCAAAUACACCUAACAGUUACCUCUUCCAGUCCACAUUUUGCCAGCUUCUCUGCAAGAAUAUCAUGAGGGACUUUGUCAAAAGCCUUACUGAAAUCAAGAUACACUAUGUCCACAGCAUUCCCCUGAUCUACCAUGCUUGCAACUAUUUUUUUAAAAAAUGACUCUUCUGGCAUGACUUGCUUUUGAGAUACACAUGCUGGGUCUUUGUAAUCAAAGCAUCUUUUAAUUAUCUGUUCUAGGGCAUUUCCUGGUAAAAUGUUAAGCUGACUGGUCAAUAGUAACCUGGGUCUUCUCCCCACCCUUUUGAAGAUGGGGACAUUUGCCUGCCUGGAGAACAGGUUAAAUACUUCCGCCUUCUGCAAAGACUUCAUCUGUUCUCCAAGAAUUCUCAAAGAUUAUAGACACAGGCUCAGAUAUCAAAUGUGCAAGCUCCUUUACUACUCUUGGGUGCAGCUCAUCAGGCCCUGGAGAUUUGAAUUCCUUACCACCUGGUUUACUGUCUUGAGCUGCAGCUCCUCCCUCCUUGCAUUGUUCAUGCUUUCAUCAGGUUAGGCACUGCUUUCCUUUAGGGUGAAGGCAGAGGAAAAUAGGUGUUGAUCAGUUCCGCCUUCUGUCACCCAAUAGCAUUUCUCCAUCUUCUCCAUGAAAGAGAUCUACUACUUGCUUGUUCUUCCUCUUGCUUCAAACACAACCAAAGAAACUUAUUAUUAUUUUAAACCUCUCUUGCAAGCCUGAAUUCAUUCUGAGCUUUGGCCUGCCUGACCUUCUCCCUGCAACUGUAUACUCUUCCUUCCUGGUUUCUCCCUCCUUCCAUUUCUUAUACAUUCCCUUACACCUCAGCUCAUCUGUAAGCUCCUUAUACAGCCACACUCGUUUAGGUGCCUCCCACUUGUUGCGAAUUGUCUGCAUUUGUGCCUUCAAUAUUUCACCUUUAAGAAUCACGUACUGGGCUCCCUUCUCUUCUGAGUAUUUCUGACCACAGUAGUUCCUCAAGAUUUUUGAAAAUAGCCAUCUUAAAGUCCAGAAUGCAUGUCGGACUACACUCUGUUUUCUCUUGCCUCUGAGGACAUGAUCAGUUCCUCCCAAGGUUCCCUGUACUUUCACUUCGUUGAUCAGUUCCUUCCUGUUGAUGAGUACCAGGUCCCCUUGCUGCUGCUUCCACUUUCUGGGAAGUGAGGGAAUUGAGGAAUUUGUUGGAUGUUACAUUAUUGGCAGAGUUUCAGUUCCAACAGAUACUGAAAUAGCUGGAAGUCUCCCAUGACUAUACCACUCCUUUUCAAUAGUUUGGUAAAGUGCUCUAGGAAGGCACCGUCCAGGUUUGAAGGCAUGUUUGAUUGGGAAGUUGGAACAGAGUAGAGCUGGGGGCAAGUUUGAGAUUUUAAGGUGGUUGUAUAUUUGCAUAAAGCCAAGGGUGUGUUUUUUAAAAAAGAUAUUUUAUUUUUGUAACAUUAAAAAACUAUUUUUUCUUCCCAGUUUUCUUCUCUAAAGUGCCAGGGAAGUUUCAGUACUUGUUGAAAAUGUUGGUUAAAUAAAGAGUAAAUGAAACC